AUGCGAAACCAUUCUCGUUCACCGAUUCCCGAGGAUCCGCGAAAUGACACGAAAAUGAGGACGAAUCCACAAAUGAGCGUUUUCACUGGCGAAAGGGAGAAUAGCGAGAAUGAUUUUACAGUGGAUCCAAGCUCUCUGCCCGGCGUUCACCCAAUCCCGCGAGCCUUCAAUCGCUACAUUUUCUCGCAGCUCGAACCCGGGGAAUACUAUGCGAAAUCAUCCACCCAACUACUUGGCCCUUUCGCCAACGAACCCAACGAAAGCCAUUUGCCAUCGAAUGAAGAUUUCGUCAUCAUGAGGAGAAUGGCCAAACUUCCCAACGGACGAUUGGCUUUUCAAAAAGUGGCCGAGGUGUCCUGUCUUGGCCCAGAGACGCUCGGCUACAUGUCAACGAUGAGACGAGUGCAUUUGCAAUGGGAGAAUCCAGCUGACAAACCAACUUCCGUUAUUAUAAAGUUGCCCAAUGUGACCGUUGCAUCGGAGGCGUGGAGCAAAUCGGCGGAGAAUGGCCACGAAAUGGACGACUAUGGUGGUGAUGUGAUCACGAUGAUGCACAAUUGUGAAACGAGCGUCUACAAUUGUCUAUCGAAAUAUCCAGAAUUCCGUCUCUCGAUUCCUUUCCUGUACUCGGCACUCGACGUCUCAACUGGAACACCAAUCAUUGUCAUGGAGGAUUUGGAGAAAGCUAUCACUUUUGAUGUCGCUGAGGGAUUCAAUGAGAAACAACUAUUCGCCAUUGUUGACGAACUGGUGAAAUUGCACGCGCUUAGCUACAAGUACGAUGAAGUGAAAAACUGUGGAAUCAAAGAGUCAACUCUGACUCACAUGGAACAAUUCCAGAAGUUGGUACUCGGAGUCGCGGAGCAAUUGUACAAGCAAAACCCCGAAUACCUUGCCUCAGUGGAUGUGUUGAUUCGAAAUCAUUUGACGAAAGACUGGUUUCAAGAUCUUUUCGAGGCGAUCAAAAGCGAUCCGAACACCGUCCUAUGCCAUGGAGAUCUGUGGUCACCACAAAUUUUGUGGAAAGCCGAGAAAAUCGCUGCGAUCGUUGAUUGGGCGCUGUGCAAGGAGGGACCGGUGGAAAGCUACAAGCGAAUGUUGCCCUAUACGGCCGCGAUGGGCGUUUUCUCCGCGGGAAUGUGGAGCAAUUCGCCGGUACUGAAACGGGGAAAAGACGACGAUGAUGCGCGAAUUAAAGAAAUCAUGCAUCGAUGCAAGGAAAUUGUUGAAGAAACCGUGAAAGCUUAUGAUUGGAAA